AUGUUCCUGUCAUUCGAAAACCUUUCCUCAGCUUCCAGUUCUAGUUCUACGUCUUUGUUUGGACCCCGUCUAGGGUCUUUGGUCUGCAAAAAUGGCGUCAAGAUAACCACCCCAAACCUCAUUACCCCCACCUCUCGAGGUGUUGUUCCACAUCUUUCUCGUGACAAUGUUCUUCGAACCCAAUCUAUUUCCUGGAUACACGUUCCUUACGAAUCCUUCCUCGAAUGCAAACCUCCGAUCCCUACGCUAGGUCUCUCUCUUCACGAUUUGUUGGGCUUCAGACACGAUCGACAUGUUAUCAGUAUGUCACUUCGAGAUUUGAGUGAUGGGAGGGAGAUGCCGUCCAAUGCUGCAAAGUAUGUGAGCGCUUGGUGCAUCAGAGGAGCCAGAAAGGUUACACCGGAGGAGUACCGGCGAUACACAUCUCUCGCGAAACCAGAUAUAGUGUACGCUCUGGCAGAUGUUCAGCCGGUAGCUUCCCAGAAAAGGUUGAUAAAAAGCGUAGAAAGAACGGCCGAAUGGUUGGUCCAACUAUUAAAACCUUGCGAUGCAGAGGAUAAUGCACAGGCUUCAGCACCAUCUAUUAUAUUGCAGAUGCCUGGUGGCCAAAGUAACCAAGCUAGAUCAGCUUUUGCGCAUACACUUAUCGAGCCGCUUCAUCCCACCGAUGUCCAUACAUUGAAGCCGUUGCGCCUCUCUUGUCUCGACGAUGCCAUCUCAGGCUAUGCCGUCGACGGAUCCAUCGAGCAAAUCAAGGCUUCACUUGACGGUCUCAACGAAAAGAAAUUGCGUAUAGCCCAUUCUACGACAUUCUCCACUCUUACCAUUCCACCCGCCACUGGUUUAUCCCCCUCUACAGGGGUGGAUAUGAUCCGAGGUCCUCACGACAUGCUCGACCUAAUUAGGGAUGUAGGGAUAGACUUGUUUGGUGCAGAAUGGGUCAUUAAGCUUGCGCAGUGGGGUAUCGCUCUGGACUUUGAGUUUCCUCCCCCCCAGGCACCCAUAAACUCCAAAAUCGAUUCAGGUUCCGGAACGUCUCCGAAAAUACGAGGCAGUAAGCGGGAUAUUGGUCAUAAUCUUUACGAUGUUCGUUAUCGGAUGGACUGCACUCGACUCUUGAAUUCCAACUCUUCAGUGACAUGUCCUUGUUUCACAUGUGCCCCUUCUUCCUGUAGUUCAGAAGAUGUAAUACGGCACAGUCGCGUCGAUGACCCUCCGUUAUACGACUUGAAAUCGCCUCCAAGGAGUCGUACACCACAUACUCGUGCUUACAUCCACCACUUACUCCACACACACGAGAUGUCCUCAUAUGCACUGCUGGUUGGUCACAACCUUGCUAUUAUAUCAACUUUCUUGCAAGGAGUCAGGAAUUCAUUGGAGUUGUCUGGGGGUCAAUUCAACGCAGAAGUGGACAAGUUCUUCGAAUAUUACGCUUCUGGAGAGCAUGAAUCUAUUUACCCUUCGGAGGUGGCGAAAGUUGAGGCAGUAGUUGAAGCUGUUGUUGCAGAAGCAACCGAAGGCGAGGUACUUCUACCCCAAGGAUCAGGUGUCCGUGAUACACUGACUGGGAAGGGCACCGGCAUACUACUCUUCGACGAAGCGCGGGUAUGUCAUGCGGAAGUUGAGCGUCUGAGGGGGAAGGGAAGUCUGAAACGGGAUCGAGAAGUAGGAUAA